AUGGCACUUUCAAGAGAGGAACGACUGCAACUCGCAGCUAUUGAUCCCGAGCUGGACGACUACCUCAAAACAAUAACUAUUCCCCAGAUUGACACUUCUGAUCCAGCGAAGGCAAUCGCAAGUUUGAGAUGGUAUAUGAAAAGCCUGCAUAAGCUGCCCGAUCCAGAGAGUGGUGUUGUUGAGCGCGAUAUCUAUUACACUGCAAGAGAUGGCCACAAGUUGCGCGCUCAUGUUUACGAACCGGUUAACAACUCUGGUUCAACCCCGCCGCUUGUUGUUUACAUCCAUGGUGGCGGGUGGACUAUCGGAUCUCCAGAAGAUGCUGAGCGCUCGUGUCGUGAUAUUGUACAAAAGCUGGGGGUUGUUUGUUUGGCGCCUUCCUAUCGGCAAGGACCUGAAGACCCGUUUCCAGCUAGCAUAAACGAUGUCUGGGACAGCUUGAAAUGGAUUGCUACGAACGCUGAGCCCGAGCUGAGGGUUUCACUGUCGAAGGGUUUCAUCAUUGGUGGUUCAUCAGCUGGAGGAAACAUGGCUGCGAUAGCCAGCCAUCUGGCCCGAGAUGAGAAGCUGACUCCUGCGAUAACUGGCGUUUUUCUGCUCGCUCCAAUGGUACUGCCACCAGAGAAGGAAGAUGGACUGCCUGAGACGUACAAGGACCUUUAUCUUUCUCGGACCCAAGCUGAGUGUAAGGACGAUCCUAUUCUCACCCCAGCUCUGGACAAGGUUUUCCACGACUCUGCAGCUGGGGAUAUAUCCUCGCAUCUCUUUGUUCCGUUCAUCUGGCCAACGGGUCACCACGACUUACCUAGGACAUAUUUCCAGGUUUGUGGAAUGGAUGUACUUCGCGACGAGGCUCUGAUCUACGAGCAAGUCUUGCGCGAGGAUAAUGGAAUCGAGACGCGGUUGGAUAUUUAUCCUGGCAUGCCUCAUAUCUUUUGGGGUGCCUUCGCGCAUUUAAGUCAAGGGAAGAAAGCAGCUGUAGAUCUUGUUGAAAGCAUCAAGUGGCUUUUGAAGUGA